UCGUUCCGGACCACAACCAACCACCAAAGCCGACGUUGAAAGAAUGGCUUAUUGUCUUGUUUUAAUAAAGCCGAGCAAAUAAUGUAAUUGUUGUUGAUUGAACGUGCCGACUCUGUUUUGUUAGUUUCAGUGACAAACAAACACGCACAGCUCGUAAACACAAUUUUAUUCUCAUUGUUGCUGACGCACGUGGUGGUGAUCACUGAUCAGACUGGUCAGUAUAGCGACCAGCAGAUAUGCAGAUAUGGAGGAGAUUAUAACACAACUUGGCUUGUUUGCUGCGUCGUCUUGUUUAUUAAUUGAGUUCUUCGAGUAAGGUACAUAAAUGACAGUAAGAGAUUUGCCAUAAAUAAUAAUACGAAAGGACGAAAUACACAGAUUGGAGUAUGUGCUUAUGUACGUAGCAGCAGAGUUAUGCAACAAGUGGUCAUUUCAUAUCCAUGUACAUAAUAAUCUACAAAACUCCAAUAAAUAAUCUGUCCCCAGAGACAUCAUCCAUCUCCAUUAACUCUCAAAUCCGCACUAAUCCAAUUCAUGCAAGACCACCUUUUUUGCUACUACAUACUCGUCCGUCUGAACCCUUUUGGAUUAGAUUAGUGAGCGAUACAACAGUGAUUUCAGGAGGAGGGGAUGCCUACUAUAUUUUUACUACUUGAUACAAGAGAGAGGGGAGUCAGUCAAGUUAUUUUAGUUCAGUUUUUACUGUGAACAGUGGUGUUAGUCAUCUCAGAUCCAGCAUUAAGCGAGGCUGAUGUGCAUAAGUGAAGUUAUUAUGUGGACGACGAGGGCGACGACAACGAACGCGACCAUAUUUUAUUUCACUUGCAAGUAAGAUGAGAACCACGGACUAAUUGUGGGUCUAAUGAGGUUCUGCAGUGUGUAGCACAGCAAAUUGUGUACAGUUUGGUCUUACGAGUGUAAGCGGAGAGGAGGUUGUGAUGCAUAACUCUUCUGGACAAGAUUUCCACUCGUAAUAUGAUGGGCGACCAGAAGGAAUCCAGUUAAACUCGAAGGACAACAAGUGAUGGCAACUUUUGAACGAGUGGGGGCACACGCGGUGGUGGUCACCCUGCUACUUUUCCAAGUUUGUGCUAGUCUUUCUCCAGUCCAGACGGGCGUAGACGAUACUGGGUCAACAUUUCCAUUAAAUUCCAGCUUCAUAAAAAUUGGGAAUGAGAGCAGCCACUUGCUCUUUGGCGUCGACCGUGACAAGAUCCGCACACCUUUCGGCCGAAGAUGUUUGGUGGACGAAAGUGAGACUGGGAUAAUCUGUGCUGACCUUUCCUCCCACCAAGACCCUUUUUAUAAACCACUCCCCACAAUCAGGUUUGCAGAGUUGGUCAACUGCUCUCUGAAUUUGGCCAGGUUGAAGGCCAUAUUUCCCAAAGUUGUCACCCUUGUCCUUACGCAUAGUCUUCAACUUAAUAAUGGAGGCGAAGAUGUGGGGACCUGGCAUGAAAGUAACGGUAGAAUGUUUGACGGAACCUGGUCGUCCGUUCGUUUCUUGAACAUUUCCUGGAACUCAUUGAGCUCUGCCCCCGUUUCGGACCUACUCCCACUUUUCCCAUCGCUCGAGGUGGUCGAUCUCUCGCACAAUUUCGUCAACCAGGUGGAACUAGACCUUGGUCAAUUCCAGGCUUUGAGAUGGGUCGACAUUUCAGGUAACCCCUUGAACUGCUCGGCCCCAAUGGAAUGGUUGGACGCUGGUCGUAUAACCCUUCUCCACGCCGAACGCACCCUCUGCGAUUUACCACCUCAUCAAAAUAGGGCCAAACCUAUUUGGAAGGUCAGGAAGCUCAUCAAGAAGGUUCGUGACCAAUGUCGAGGAAACUGCAGCUGUGAUAUAACGUACAUUUGGGAACAGAAUCACAUAAUUCACUCGAAAAUAACGGUGAACUGUUCGGGGAGAGGCUUCAUUGAUUUUCCGGACCCGGCCACACUCCCAAAUCCCACAGAUACACUUGACCUAUCAAAUAAUGAAAUAACAUCAAUGCGACGCUUCGUGGAGGACGAUCGAUUUGAGGCGUUGGAUGUGAUGAACCUCCACAUGGAUUCGAAUCAUCUCAAAUCUAUCGCAUUGUUGGAGACGUCCAAUUGGUUUUACAACUUUCAAAUCUUUACGUUUAGAAAUAACUCGGUUUCAGAGGUCCCCGUCUACGUGCUGGAAAACGUAUUUUCUCACAACAAACGCAUCCUACAAGUGGACCUCAGUCUGAAUCCAUUCCACUGUGACUGCACAACCCUUUCUACUCUCAAGAUCUGGUUGCUCAAACAUGCUGCUAACAUCAAGCACAUCGAAGACGUUCGCUGUCUCCAAGGAGGAUCACAAAUCCGUUACAUGCGUCACGAAAUGUGGUGCACGGUUGAAGAGGUUGGAGAGGCUGGGCUUGUGGACAUAUUCGACAUGAUCAGUUUCUUCCUGGUGCUUGCCAUCUUUCUCGUCGUGGCUAAAGUUUACUAUGACUAUUGGAAUUUGAAACAUAAUGGGAAACUUCCCUGGGUGGCCACUAAGAUGUGAGUGAAACAAUAAUGUCUGGGAUUUGUAUAACGACGAGGUCACGAAUCUGAUGACCAACGAUGCCCAUGCAAGAGUCUAAGGAAGAUAGAAGUGUCAACAUAGUGACAACAGAAAGAUGGCCACGAUGACCAGUAGUGGGGACCAGUUCGCAGCAAUGCAAACCAACAUAUAAUGCUCAAUUUCUUUUAUGUAUUUCUUUAUUAAAAAUAUCUCACAAAAUGUAAAAAGUAACAAUAAGUAUUCAUUACAUAAAUAAUAAGUACAUGUCGACUUGGUUAAAUAGCACCACCAAGUAAUUUCUGACAAGAGAAUAAAUUAUUAUUGCUUGAAAA